AUGGCCAGGUCAAAAUGGAUCUCAUUCGUUGGUCAACAAGCUCUGGAUCGAGCAGCAGCCGCAGCGGACUCGAGGCCCAAAGUACCACCCUCACCCACCGUAUCCUCUGCGGAUGCGAAGAAGUUUGGCUUGGAGAAUUUCGGUAAUACCUGCUAUGCAAACUCGGUCCUACAAGCUCUAUACUUCUGCACUCCUUUUCGCGAUCUCCCGGCGGUUACCCUACCAUACGCACCAAUACCCCCCAUACCCUCAUCACCCCCUACCCUCUUCUCCGCUCUACGAUCCUUAUUUCUCUACAUCUCAUCCCAUCCGAAAGAGAGGGGAACGGUCUCUCCCCGCGCCUUCAUAGACAAGGUCAAGGAACUCAAUGAGCUCUUUCGGGGGACCAUGCAUCAAGAUACACACGAAUUUCUUAUGUUUCUGCUCAAUAGAAUAGUGGAGGAAAUAGAAGAGGAACGGAAGGAGUUGCUGAACGGCGGAGCAAAGGAAGAAGAUCGAACAAGCCCACAAGACGCUACUCUUGUGCAUAAGCUGUUCGAAGGCGUGCUAACAAGUGAAACUCGAUGUUUGACCUGCGAAACAGUUUCUUCACGUGACGAGUCUUUCUUGGACCUAUCCAUCGAUAUAGAGCAAAACUCGAGUGUCACCGCGUGCCUCCGACAAUUUAGCGCGAGCGAGAUGCUGUGUCAGAAAAACAAGUUUUUUUGUGAUGCGUGUUGUGACUUGCAGGAGGCGGAGAAACGCAUGAAAAUAAAAAAACUACCAAAUGUUUUGGCUCUUCAUCUAAAAAGGUUCAAAUACCAAGAAGACGUAGGGAGGUACAUCAAGUUGGCUUAUCGCGUCGCUUUUCCCAUGGAUCUCCGGCUGUUUAAUACGGUCGACGACAUGGACGACUCGGACCGACUGUAUAACCUUUUUGCCGUCGUAGUUCAUAUUGGAAACGGACCUCACCACGGCCAUUAUAUAUCUAUCAUCAAGACUCAUGGAAGUUGGCUUGUUUUCGACGAUGAUAAUGUAUCAACAAUACCAGAAAGCGAUAUCCCAAAAUAUUUCGGCGACUCUAACUCUGGAUCCGCGUACGUCUUGUACUAUCAGGCUGCUGAC